AUGAACCUCCGAGGACAGGGACUGUUAAACCCGCUUACUUCGUUAACCCAACUACGGGUCCUCAGUUUGAAACAGAACAGUUUUUCUGGUCCCAUCCCGGUGCUUUCGAAUUUAACCAGUUUGAAACUGCUGUUCCUUUCUCACAACGAGUUUUCGGGGGAGUUUCCACUUUCAGUGGCUUCUCUUUCAAAGAUUUACCGCCUUGAUCUGUCUUAUAAUAAUCUCUCUGGUAAUAUUCCUUUGAGCUUGAAUCACUUGAGGCAUCUGCUUACUUUGAGGUUAGAAGAAAACGGGUUUUCGGGUUCUAUUUCUGGUUUGAGCUUGCCUAGUUUGCAGGAUUUCAAUGUUUCGGGUAAUGCACUAGCCGGUGAGAUACCCACUUCGCUUUCGGGUUUUCCUGCAUCGGCAUUUGCGAAAAACUCGGUUCUAUGUGGGGUUCCGUUGGAGAAAUGUAAGGUAAUUUCUAGCGAACCGACCCGACCCGGGGCAAUGGCGUCGCCGUUGAGUCCUAGAAGUACUGUUGCCUCGUCGCCCAGCUCAAUGCCUGUGGAAACUAAGCCGUUGGUUAAAUCGGGAAACAAUCGGCAUUCCAAGAUUAGUUCGCUGGCAAUAAUCGCCAUUAUUCUCGGCGAUGUUUUGGUCCUCGGCGUGGUUUCCUUACUCCUAUACUGUUUCUUUUGGAAGAACUACUCGAAGAAGAUGUCGCAAAAGAGCGGGUCGUCCCACGUCGAGAAAAUAGUAUAUUCUUCGAGCCCAUAUCCGCACCCGAUUAACGGGGCUCAGUCUGGUUAUGAAAGAGGUAAAAUGGUGUUUUUCGAAGGGGAACAGAGGUUUGAGCUGGAGGAUUUGUUGCGGGCCUCCGCUGAGAUGUUGGGCAAAGGGGGAUUUGGGACUGCAUAUAAAGCUGUUUUGGAUGAUGGGAAUGUGGUGGCAGUGAAAAGAUUGAAGGAUUUGAGUGUGAAUGGGAAGAAAGAGUUCGAGCAGCAAAUGGAGAUUUUGGGAAGAUUAAGGCACCCAAAUUUGGUUAGCUUAAAAGCCUAUUAUUUUGCUAGGGAUGAGAAGCUGUUGGUCUAUGAUUACAUGCCUAAUGGAAAUUUGUUCUGGCUUCUUCAUGGAAACAGAGGACCUGGAAGAACUCCGCUAGACUGGACCACGAGGUUGAAGAUUGCAGCUGGAGCAGCUCAAGGAUUAGUCUUCAUUCACAACCCAUUCAAGUCCCUUAGGCUCACGCAUGGCAAUAUCAAAUCCACUAACAUCCUCGUCGACACAUCUGGCAAUGCUCGGGUAUCAGAUUUUGGCCUCUCAGUUUUUGCAUCACCUUCCAACUUCCCAAAAUCAAAUGGCUACAAUUCCCCUGAAACAGUACUGGAAGGUCGGAAAUUAACACAAAAAUCUGAUGUGUAUUCAUUUGGGGUCCUAUUGCUAGAGCUGCUAACAGGAAAAUGCCCCUCUGUUGUGGACAAUGGUGGAGCCGGCCCAGGGUACAAUGGGGUCAUUGAUUUGCCGAGGUGGGUGCAGUCUGUAGUGAGAGAGGAGUGGACCGCUGAGGUGUUCGAUUUGGAGCUUAUGAGGUACAAAGAUAUCGAAGAAGAGAUGGUGGGUUUACUGCAGAUAGCGAUGGCAUGUACUCAGGCUUCACCGGAUCAAAGGCCAAAGAUGAACUACGUGUUGAGAAUGAUAGAAGAGUUACGAGGAGUCGAGGUGUCACCAUCACAUGAGACCCUUGAUUCUGUUUCAGACUCGCCAUCAGUGUCCGAAGAUGCAUGCCGACCAAGUGAAUAA